UAAGCCAUGAAGUAAUCCCAAUCCCAAGUCCCAACUGUCACAGACCUGUGCAAUGCAAAGGCUUCUCUCUCUCUUCUAAAUAUGUGCCCCAUCUCUCUAUUUUACACUUUCCCAUACUAAUCUUUGUACUCACUCUAACAUCUCACUUUUUCAACCAUUGCUUCCAUACUUCUUUCUCUUUAUCCCACACUCUCUCUAUCCCUCUUCCAUCCUUCAGUUUCUCAGUUCUGCUUGUGCACCUGUUACCUAUCAUCAAGCUAUGAAACCAUCACCACCACCUCCAUUACUUCCUAUUCUCCUCUUCACCAUCUUCUUCCUCUUCCCCACCAUUAUCACCUCAGUUUCUCUACCUCUUCCACCUAAAUCAUCACCUUCUUCACCUUCCACUUCCACUUCCACUCUUGAGCCAAACCAACUCAAAGCCCUUCAAUCCCUCAACAUCCCCACAUCAAAGAACCCUUGCAUCCAACCAUCUUUCCACAAUGCCACACAAUGUGACUCUUCAAAACCCUUUAGCCACCUCAUUUCCCUUACCCUUUCAAACUGUUCAACCUCCCUAUCUCUCUCCUACAAUGCCCUCAAAUCCCUCUCUACCCUCCAAUCCCUUCACUUCCUUAACUGCCCCAUUGCUCCAAUUCACUUCCCUCCUCAACUCACAUCCUCUCUUCUCUCCUUCACCUCCAUCAACAGUCUCCACAAGAUCUCAGGUGUAUGGCUCUCUCACCUAGCAAACCUCACUGAUCUCACUGUCUCAAAUACCCCAAUCAAAGCUUCUGGACCUUAUGUUAUCCUUGCUCACAUGAAAAAGCUCAAAACUUUAACCAUUUCCAAUUCCAAUCUCACUGGUUUUCUACCAAAAUACAUCCAUUCCAACCUGACCCACAUAGAUUUUUCAUCCAACAAUCUCAAAGGAAACAUACCCUUUUCCAUUACCAUGCUUGAUGGCCUUGAAAGUUUGAAUCUUUCUUCAAAUGGGCUGAAGGGUGAGAUACCCUCUUCAUUAGGGGACUUAAUUUCCCUUAAAAAUCUUUCUUUGGCUUCAAAUUCAUUUUCAGGGUCUAUCCCAGAUUCAAUUUCUGCAAUUCCAGGUUUGGUUCACAUGGAUCUGAGUUCAAACCAGCUCAAUGGAACAAUUCCAAAGUUCAUUUCAGAAAUGAAGAACCUCAAGUACUUGAAUCUUGCUAACAAUAAUCUUCAUGGGGUUGUUCCAUUCAACUUGAGUUUUAUCAAAAGUUUGACAAUGUUUAAGGUUGUUGGGAACAGUAACUUGUGUUAUAAUCAUUCAGUUUUGUCUUCAAAAUUGAAGCUUGAGAUUGCUGCUUGUGAUAAGUAUGGGAGGCCAAUGUCUCCACCACCUGCUAAAGAUUCUUCUGGAGAUGAUAGUAAUGAUUCAGAUUAUGAUGAAGAGGAUGAUGAAAGUAGCAUCCAUAAAAGAGAGCAUCAUCAUGGUCCAAACAAAUUUGUUCUUGGUGUGGCAAUUGCUCUUUCUUCCAUUGUCUUUUUGAUUGUGUUCUUAAUCCUAUGUUCAAAGUGCUGUCGCUGAAGAAACUUUUUUAUUAUUUUUUUCACUUUAUAGAAUUUGGAUGGAUUAGGAAAUUGAUAAUUUAAGGCAAUUGGUGCUUAUUUAAUUAAUUAAUUUAUUAUAUAAUGGUUAGCAAAAGAGAAAUGGGAGGUGAUUGCAAAAGAGAAAAUGAAAAGAAAAAAAAUGCUCUUUUUUGUUUUGGUUGGGUGAUAUAGUAUAUGAAAGGCACCCAUUAGAAAUAGGAGAAUGGAAAAAACAAUGAAUUGGAAUUUUAUUUUAGCUUCUUUUACUAUUAUAAUGUAGUAAUCAGAUGCUUUCUGCAGUGCAAUAAGUUACAAAAUUUGCAUGGAAUGCUUGGCUAGCAUACUUCUCUUUAGUCUUCAGUACUGUUAAACUAUUUUAA